AAAAGCAAACUCUUGGCCAAAUGAAAUGAAAUUAAAGUUUCCUCCCAACUAAAGUAAACCCCUGCACCAAAGGAAAUUAGUGCUCCGUAGUGAACAAAACCUAAAACUCCAGGUUUGAGGCUUCGUAUUGAACAAAUGGAAUUACUGCUCCAAGCGCCGAAUUAGGUUUGAGGCUUCUCUCAUCGAUCGUGAUUUUCACCGGUAGGAAAAGUAUUUCUCUUUUGCUUUCUUCUCCGUUCGAGGCACAUCCGACUCUCUCGCUCUGGCCAGACAGAUGGGGAAAAAGAGAGACAACUCUCAGAUUCAUGGACUUGGAGAACUUACGGAAUAUGAAAAACAGAGAUUAAAGAAGUUGGAUUUAAAUAAAGAAAGGAUGCGUGCAGCGGGGUUUACCACUCUAGCAAAUAAGGGAAUCACUCUAUCAAACCAGAAAGCGACUACAAAACGAAUUACAUGUGCACCUUAUGGACUAGUAGACGAAGAGUACAUGCCAAGUGAUGAUGAGAAUGAUGAAUGUGACCAUCCAAAGGUUUCAAAGAAGGGAAAGGACCGAAAUAACAAUGAAGGGAAGAAAUCAUCUGGCCCAUCAAAGACUAGUGAAGAUUCUGUGAAGGUGUAUUCAGAGACAGAGCUGGUAGGGGUUUUGGGAGAACACAAAAGACAUAAAAAACUGACUGCAUUUCAGCCUCAGAAAGGUAAAGAAAAAGGGAGUUACAAUCAAGGUACAAGCCAACAGUGUAAACAGUUUGUUUCAAAUAAGAAGGCACAACAUAUCCCACCUGGAUCCAUGGCCAUGUACUGUAACAUGAGGAAAAGGCAAGAGAUAUUAAAGAAGAAGAAUAACCCAGUAUUUCUGUUAGAAAAUGAAGAUUCCUCCAGUGAGCAAGAAAGUGAAGAUAUUCAUGAAAAUUACUUCAUUGGUGGUGAGGAGCAAGUAAGUGCAUCAUCAACGAGGAAAGUUAGAAACUCUCGAAUGCCUUUAUCUACUGAAGAUCAUGAUGAUGAAACAGACUCCUUGAAAAAUUCAAUGGAUAUACAAAAUGAGGUGCCGAUUGAAAAAGAAACUUCUGGUACAACCACUUCAAAGAAAGUUGCUGGAGAAAAGAAGACUAGAGGACCAACGGUUAUGGCAGAAGUGCAUAAUCGUAAGAUUGAAGAACGGCCAAUAAUUAUUUUAAAUGAAGCAGGCCAACCGAUCGGGCCUACUCCUGAUCUUGUUCGUGAAUUUAGUCGCUUCUUAGGUACGGUGGCUAGAGAUUCAGAACUCACACCCUUAAAUUAUGUCACAUGGCAUAAGGUACCACAACAUAAAUUAGACAACAUCUGGGAUUACGUCAUGGAGAAGUAUAUGGUUCCAACAGAAGGAAAGAAAUGGGUUUUUUCUACCAUUAAUGAUUUGUGGCGUGUUCAUAAAUCAAGAAUGAAGAAAGCCCAUUAUUAUGCAUACACAACUGAUGCAGAAAGGUGGAAAAAUCGCCCAAAAACUCUUCCCGAGAAUAUAUUCAAAGAGCUAGUGAACUACUGGAAUGUUGAUGAGGUUGAGGAGGCAAGCGACAUCAAUAGAAACAAUCGCAUGCAGUAUGAUGACCCACACACUUUGGGCCCCACAUCAUUCGCAUUAUUGCGUCAUGUAUUGCAACAAGAUGAUCCCAACAAUCAAGACCCAUCUCAAGCAAUAGUGUAUAAGGAAUCAAGGAUGAGAACUCCUGGGAAUCAGUACUUGACAAAAUACGACAAGGCUUCUGAAAAUAUUAAAAAAAUGGAUGAGUUACAAUCUCAACAAGAAUGUGGAGAAAAGGAAACUAAAGAAGAUCCUUACUAUCUUGUGGUUGAUAAACCUGAAUUGAGUGGGCGUUUACGCCUUCGUGGUCGAGGUAUGAACAAAUCUAAAUUGAAGAAAGGUGAUAGGAGUGCAAAGUCAAGCUACACACUUCCAGAAGAGUUCUUGCAAUGUGUCACAGCACAAUUGGAACCAAAUAUCAAAGCAAAUGUGAGACAAGAAGUUGCACAAGAUGUGGCAUCCAUGGUACUAUCCCAAAUAAAGGCAGCUAAUCCAGGGAUAAACCUUACCAUUCCAGAAUUUUGCAUUUCAGCGAGAGACAAAUCAACACAUGAACCAGAUGGGUCAAAUGGGAAAUCUAAUGGAAGUGAUGAAUUUGAUGAUGAGGAUGAACUACAACAACCUGAAUGAUGCAGCUUGAUAAUGCACAAGCCUUCUUGUUGGAAACUUGGAAUCUGAAUGAUGUAGCUUGAUUGCAGUUGACUAAUUGGUGGAUUAUUAUUGUAGUUUUUUGUCUUUGGAUUGAACUGCACUGUAGUUUGAUGGAUUCUGUAUUUCGAUCAUGUGUUUGUCAGUAGAAUGUACUUUUAAUUAAAAAUGACAUUAUGGAAUUCUGUGUUUAUGGCUUUGCAUAAUAUAAAGAAGAUUUAUAAAUA